UUUAUAUAAAUCUACCUUUACUAAGUACUUGCCUACUUGUGUCCAUACAGCAUACAACUCUCAUCGAUCAACUAUAAAUAGGAGCUCUUCCUGUUUGUCAUUCCACGCACUUUAUAAACCUUUCCAUUAAGAUUACAUCUAGCUAUCUUCAAACUCCCCUUUCCUAUACACAUGGCUCUCUCUAAGCUUCUAGUUUCUUCCCUUCUUGCAUCACUUCUCCUCUUUCAUCUUGUUGAAGCUUAUCAACCGGAACCGCAGGCAUUGGCACAACCACAGGGUUCUGUCCUGAAGCAGAUAGAUUGUAAGGGAGCAUGUGCUGCGAGGUGCCGUUUAGCAUCUCGUCAAAACAUGUGCCACAGAGCAUGUGGGAGUUGUUGUAGACGCUGCAAUUGCGUACCACCAGGCACUGCUGGAAACCAAGAAAAGUGUCCCUGUUAUGCAAGCUUGACUACCCAUGGUGGGAGACGCAAAUGUCCUUAGACUUGGAGUUCCAUACCACGAAACCAUGCAUGACGUAUUAUGUUAUAAUAAUAUGCUUGUCGCAUAAACUGUUGGUUAAUAUAUGAUCUGAAGAAUAACGUCAAGGAAAAUAAAGCCCGUUUUCAAACGUGUUUGAAUCAUUGUGGGUUAAUUUGGAAGUGUAUUUAUGAAAUUAAUAAUCAUAUUUUUAACUUGUCAUUCCUUUCUCUUUUGUAUAUUGUAUUUAACUUGGUUGUACUGUCGUAUAUCAUUUAUAUUAAUAAGAAUUUCUUAUUUGAUAA